AUGGCCAAACGUAUUGGCUUGCUUUUCUCCACAGCCCGUGUUGCCAAAGUGAUCCCGCCGGACCGUGUCGAGGAUAUUCCGGAUAUUGAAUCGCCUGAUGGCUACGUUUUCACUGAUGGUUGCGGGUUGAUAUCGCCGCAUUUAGCCCAGGAUCUUGCCAGAAGAUUGGGUAUCGUCUUCAGAGAUCGACGAUAUACCCCUUCAGUUCUCCAGAUCCGAUACCGCGGAUACAAAGGCGUGGUUACCGUUGAUCCGCGGAUGACGUCUGAUCCUAGGAUCCUGUUGAGGAUGAGAAAGUCGAUGAAGAAGUUUUCUGGGGGUGAUGAUCAUUCUUUCUCUGUCGUUGAGUAUUCCAAGCCAUUCACCUACGGCUUCCUCAACGAUGAAGUCAUCGUCCUGCUCAAUGCGCUCGGAGUUGACCGCGAGAUAAUUAAAAAGAAACAGGACAACCACUUCAAGUUUCUUGCAGAUGCGUCCAGAGACCCCCGCUCUGCCUUCCGGUUUCUCUCUGGUCUUAACAUGCCAGAUCUGGCAGAGAGUGUCCUGGUCGAAUCUUUCGAUGCUAUCCGGCCGAGGAUCCGCUCCCUGGUCAAGAAUGAGUACGCAAAGAUGCUCAACAAGAGGGAGGAACAGAAAUGCCGAAUCUUGAUUCCUAAGUCCAGAUUAUUAUUCGGGGUCUGUGACGCUUGGGGAGUCUUGAAGGAAGGAGAAUGCGCUGUGAAAAUCACACUGGAAGAGAACGGACUCCCAAUGGCACUGAAAAACUGCGAGGUUUUGGUAACUCGGAACCCCUGCCUUCAUCCCGGAGACUUGCAGAAGUUUCGGGUUGUUGAGAGACCCGAAUUGAGUCAUUUGGUUGACUGCAUUGUCUUCUCAACCAAGGGCAAACGGCCAGCGGCUGACAUGAUGUCAGGAGGUGACUUGGAUGGAGAUACCUUCUUUGUAUGUUGGGACCUCGACCUUAUUCCAAAGACUCUAUCGCAGCCAGCCAAGUAUCCAGGUGUUAAGGAGCCCAUCAGAUUUACACCGAUUACUGACGAUGACCGCCUGGAAUUCUUCGUCCGUUACACCAACGCUUCCCUGGGACGUGUCAAGAACCUAUACUUAGAUUGGGCUCGGGCAGGUGGUCCAAUGUCACCUGAGUGUCAAGAGCUCAAUCGCUUGUUCUCGCAAUGUGUGGAUGGAAACAGGAUCAAGAUUCCUCCUAGAUUGGAGAAGGCACCAUCUCCUCCUUCAGACGCCCCUCCUUUUAUUCUCGAUGAACUCCACGAAGCAGCAAAACGACUCAUCCAACAAGAGCAAUUCUCCAAUCAAGAGGAGACACUCGAUGGCUAUGACCUCGAUGCUGUGGAACUCCUAAUGAGUCGGGACGGGGUUGCCAUGUCAGAGUUCGAGAUGGUCUGCAUGACAUUACGAUGGUGCCGUAAAGAGAACCUUCCAUUCGAAGACUUCCUGCAUCUAUUCGACUUAAAUGUUCUCACGUCACAGGAAAAAGCCUGGCUCAUGCAGCAGCUGCCCCCCAUGGCCUGGAUCCCAGGACUGGUCUUGAAUGCUGUAUCAUCAUCUAGUUUGCUGGAUCGGGAAUCAGCUGCUCGGUUCAAGCUCGAUCAUCCUAGGAUACAAUGGAAACGUAUCUAUGAUUCUUCCAGAGAUCGCCUUGCUACUUUCAUGGAUGUAGCCAACAGGUCCAUGGCCCUCUUCCACCGCAAGCUGCUCAUCGUCCGUGUCGAUGACCGAUUGACCCUGGCAAUCUAUGUCCCGCGAAUUAUUGAUCCAGCACGAGACUGCCUGGUCGACGACACAGUUAGGCUCUUUGCAUUCUCACAUUCCCAGGGCACCGAGAGACAGAGUCGAAUGUCGCUUCCUACUAAGAUUACAUAUCGCCUAUACUGUGAUGGUAACACCUUCCAGCUCUUCGAGGCCAAGCGCUCAAAUACGUGGAUUUUCAUCACAAGAGGUCCGUCUGAUGAUAGUUCGUAUCGGGAUGUCCAAAAUCUUGGCGAUCGUCGUAGGCAGCGGCAAAAAACUCUUGACGAGGGAACAAACGCCGAGUUUCGCGUUAGUAUUGCUCUGGACAAGUUUAGUAGGGGGCUUCAGCGACACGUUGGCAGAGUGAAUCGGAACAAGCUUUCGGCAGCGGAAAUCUACAUUAUCAGCAACAGAGAUGUUGCCUCGAUGCAGGUCCUCGAUCUUUGGCUGGAGCACAUCGAUACCGAAUCUGUUCUCCCACUCUUCCCCAGGGAAGCCGAAGAAUACACCUUGCCAAGUCUCAAGGACGUCGACUGGGCUGCUGAAUUUGAUGUCAUUGUGGAGGUUGCCCACCGACAAAACUUUGCAGCUCUCGAAGAUGUUGAGUCCAUCAACGAACUGGAGACACUAUUUUACUGGCUGCUCGAGAGGGACCAAGCACAGCUGCUACUCCAGAGUUAUGACUAUCUGCUCUCUUCUAUGCGGGAAAGUCGGGAAUUCAAGCUUCCUCUCCUGAGUCUCCUUUCUUCCAUGGUCGCUUUCCUGAAGGCAGCCCCUUAUUUGGCCAUCAGCUUCGGGAAGAUAAAGCCGCCUGGUCCAGAUGAUGAAGACUUGGAAGCCUUGAACUACCUUUUGAAUGGCUACUCACUGGAUAUCCUUCGAGCACUUGUGCUUAGUGCGAACGAAGCACAGGACUUGGUCAUUGCCCCGUUCAAAACCUUCCUAUCACGAGUCCGCGGCCUCACAUUUGAGAGUUUUUCCAGCCUAGUUGAACUCAUUUCUCUGACCGUACGUCGCGCCGAUCUCGCCAUGGACCUUUUGCUGGAGUGUCUGGACCGGGAAAGCACGCGCUUGCUUUCUGGACGUCCGGCGCUUAUUCAGCACUUUGUUAGGAACAGCAUUUCCAUUGCUUUGGAGCAUAUUGGAGAAGCUACAGAACAAGGAAAGUCCAGGAAAGACUUACUAAAGUUAAAACGGCUGCCGGAAGACCGUGAUGGGUAUCCGGUGGUCGAGAUUGAGUUUCGAAUUGACUCGGACAUUGGAACCCCAGAGAAUGCUGCUCAUGUCGCAGAUCUCGUCCUUCUUGGAAGAGAUGAGAUCACAAAGUCUUCAAGAACCUUCCCAAGAAUCAAGACAACUCAGUCAGAAUUGUCCAAUAGGCCACACCUGAACCCAAGUCAAAAUGCAGCUAUUGAAGCUGCUUUAAACUCAUCUUUAACAUGCCUCUGGGGUCCUCCUGGGACUGGCAAGACCGAAACCAUUGUUGAGAUCAUUCGUGCUCUCCAGACAAGCUUCGAGGGAUCAAGGCUGCUAAUCACAGCCCCGACACACAAUGCUGUCGACAAUGUCAUGCGUCGCUACAUUGGUCGCUUGGCUUCAACAGGUCUGGCCGACGACCCAAGCCUUGCCCCCUUGCGCGUCUCAACUGAGAUCCGUAAGGUCUCCAAGGAUCUCUGGAAAUACACGUGUGACGCCCACGUCGGGCAGGAGGUUUACUCGGGCCGAAAGGUGCUGGAUGAGGCAAAGAGAAGGGUCCAAGAGUCCAAGAUCGUGUUCACAACUUGCAUUGGCGCUGGUAUCGGGCUUCUGCGCUCAGAAACUUUUGACAUUGUCAUUAUCGACGAAGCAUCCCAACAAACGGAGCCUGCUUCGUUGGUACCGCUGGUCAAAGGAUGUCAGAGGGCUGUCCUGGUUGGUGAUCAUGUCCAGCUUCGUCCAACUGUCCAUCCAAAUUCUCUUGUCAUGGAGUUUGACAAAUCUCUUUUCGAGAGGUUGUUUGUUGAAGACUCCACAAGCAGCAAAUCUCUCGAUACCAAGAGUCAAUCGAUCGCCAGGCUCAUGCUAGACAUCCAGUACCGUAUGCAUCCUUUCAUCUGUGCCUUCAGCUCCAAGGAAUUUUAUAACGGAAAACUACAAACGGGCAUCCCUCGUUCAUUUCGGCCCCUACCCAACUCUCAGUUCCCCUGGCCUCUGUCCCGAGACGGUGAGGGCGAUAAAGCUCGAAUGGUUUUUGUCGAAUGUGCCACGCGCGAAGAUCUCGGCGGAAAAUCUAAGACCAACAAAGGCCAGGCAGACCUAUGCUUGCGUAUUUGUGAGAUGCUGUGUACUCGCCCAGGUGAAGGCAAACACGAUUCUGGGCAAGAGAAGCAGUCCGAACUCAAACAAUUGAUCGCUGUCCUUACCCCAUAUGCUCGCCAGGCCGAGCUUCUCAAGCAGCUUCUUUCUCCCUUUGCCUCUCGUGGUGUCGAGGUGUCCAGCAUUGAUGGCUUCCAGGGUCGAGAAGCAGACAUUGUAGUGCUGGUGACAGUGCGAUGCAACGAGAGCAGGGAAAUUGGGUUUUUGAAGGAUGUACGGCGGAUGAAUGUUGCGUUGACGAGGGCUCGGUCGGGUGUGGUGAUUAUUGGGAAUAGGGAGACCCUUACGGGAACUAGGAGAAUGCUCAACAAUGAACGAGUGAACCCUGGAUUGGAAGGAGCAAAAGGCGAUGAUCGGCAGGAAGCAGAGGAGAUUAAUGGGAAAUGGUUGUGGAAGAGGCUUUUGGAAAGUUUGGUGAGCAUAAGAAUUGAGAUCGAGUCACAGGUGACAGCAGUUUAG